AGACACACCUGCUUAACCGCGUGGGUUGAGCGAGUGUGGGAGCGAGCUAGUUAGGGAGGGAGGGGUAGAAGUGGGCGUCUGCUGCUCUGGGGCAAGAGGAAAGCUGUAGCCCCCUCCAGGGUUCGGGGGUCAUGAUAAGAAAUCCUUCUAAAGGUUGGCCCAAGCCCCCUUUUGUUGCUCCUCUACGCACCGAGCAUCUUUCAUCUGCCCGCCCUGGAAGUCGCAGACUGGUUUUGUUUGGUCCCAGCUGUCUCUCGCAUUCCGCUCACCCCCGCCCUCUGUGUGCCUUUUAAGUUCCUGAAGUCACCGAUCUUUCACAGCUGGAACUGCGGGCCGGCAGGACCCCGGCAGCAGACGGCGCCCAAGAGUUUGGUGACGUUUGUCCGGCUGGGUUGGCACCCCGCACGUUGUGUUUUUCGCUAGCAAAGUUUCUCGGUGGAAAAGAAGCCCCUCCAGUUUUCUCUGGAUCCUGUAGCGGACGCGCACGCCACUUUGCUCCCCGGUGACUGAGCUUGGGGACGGGGCUGUGGCUCUGCUCCUGCCUCUGGUCGGGCUGCCUUGGGCGCGGAGCUUGGGGAAUCCGAGAAGCCGACGUGAGAACCUUUGACUAAGCGUGGGUCUGGAGAGAGCGCCCGCGAGCAGGCGAGCUAACAGCCGCAGCUUAGCAAUAGCUAGGUACCUGGUCACUGAACUGAAUCCCGAAGGGACAUUCAGGCUGCAACCCCCACUUCUGACCUGGAUCAGUUCUCGGCCGAUUUGAGAGAGCACACUGGUUAGCGCUCCUCGAGAGCAGCUGCUGAGUGUGGGUGCCCCAGGAAAUCGGCCUGCCCCGCUGCCUAGAGGGCUUCGAAAGGCGGAACCGCCACCGAAACAGCAGUUCCCAUGGCUCCUUAGACGACUGGAAUUGGACCCCUGACUGGGCGCUAAGAUGUUUGCUUUUGCCUUGUCCAAAUUCCACAGCACGUGUGUUGACGAUUGGAAUCCCGGCCUAAUCAAGAGUCAAGUUCAAAGUGGUGCUCCUGGAUCCUUCAUCUCAAACUCCAACAAGUCUAAUUUGAGACUAGAAGAGAGGGAUCUCCUGCUCUAACUAGUAGAUCUCCGUUCUGGAAUUGGACUUGACAGCUUUCCUCACCAAUACUUGGACUGCAGCUGUUGCACGUUCUUUGGGGGGUGGGGGAGGGGCGGUAGUUCUCUGAAAACCAGACCACAACAGUUGGAACCUCAACAAUGGACCAAGUUUUUGAAAUUCCCGAAGAGUCAAACGUGGACCCGAUAUCCUCUCUUGAGGAAGAUGUCAUCCGUGGGGCCAACCCCCGAUUUACCUUUCCAUUUGGCAUCCUCUUCUCCACCUUUUUGUACUGUGGGGAGGCAGCAUCUGCCUUGUAUAUGGUUAGAAUGUACCGGAAGAAUAGUGAAACCUACUGGAUGACGUACACCUUUUCUUUCUUUAUGUUUUCAUCCAUCAUGGUCCAGUUGACCCUCAUUUUUGUCCACAGAGACCUGGCCAAAGACAAGCCACUAUCAUUGUUUAUGCAUCUAAUCCUCAUGGGACCUGUUAUCAGAUGUUUGGAGGCCAUGAUUAAGUACCUCACACUGUGGAAGAAAGAGGGGCAGGAGGAGCCCUAUGUCAGCCUCACCCGAAAGAAGAUGCUAAUAAAUGGCGAGGAGGUGCUGAUAGAAUGGGAGGUGGGCCACUCCAUCCGGACCCUGGCUAUGCACCGCAAUGCCUACAAACGUAUGUCACAGAUUCAAGCCUUCCUGGGCUCAGUGCCCCAGCUGACCUAUCAGCUCUAUGUGACUCUGAUCUCUGCAGAGGUCACCCUGGGUAGAGCGGUGCUCAUAGUCUUUUCCCUGAUAUCUGUCACCUAUGGGGCUACCCUCUGCAACAUGUUGGCUAUCCAGAUCAAGUAUGAUGAAUACAAGAUUCGCCUUGGGCCACUAGAAGUCCUGUGCAUCACCAUUUGGCGGACAUUGGAGAUCACCUCCCGCCUCGUGAUUCUCGUGCUCUUUUCAGCCACCUUGAAGUUGAAAGCUGUGCCCUUCUUACUGCUGAACUUCCUGAUCAUCCUCUUUGAGCCUUGGGUGAAGUUCUGGAGGAGUGGUGCCCAGAUGCCCAAUAACAUUGAGAAAAAUUUCAGCCGAGUGGGCACCCUGGUGGUGUUGAUUUCCAUUACUGUCCUCUACGCUGGCAUCAACUUCUCUUGCUGGUCAGCUUUGCAGUUGAAGUUAGCAGAUAGGGACCUUGUUGAGAAAGGUCAGAACUGGGGACACAUGGGCCUGCACUAUAGUGUGAGAUUGAUAGAGAAUGUGAUCAUGGUCUUGGUUUUUAAGUUCUUUGGAGUGAAAGUGUUACUGAAUUACUGUCAUUCCUUGAUUGCCUUGCAGCUCAUUAUUGCUUAUCUGAUUUCCAUUGGCUUCAUGCUCCUGUUCUUCCAGUACCUGCAUCCGUUGCGCUCACUCUUCACCCACAAUGUGGUGGACUACCUCCACUGUGUAUGCUCCCAUCGACACCCUCGGGGUACAGUUGAGAACUCAGAGCCAUCUGCUGAUGCUGAAGCAAGGCAACGCAUUGUCUGAUUCUAUCUUUCAGAUAUUUGGGGAUGGGUUGGGGGAUGCCAAGACCAACUGUAGAAUUGAAGGAGAUGAUGAGGCUCUUGAGUGAAUAUCCACCAGGAUAUUUUUUUGAGUUUUCUGGUAAGCCUAUCAGAAGAAAGAGCAGCCCCCAAAUAGAUUUUAUUUCCUUAAGAAUGACUGCUAUGUUUGUCUUUUAUAUUUUGUCCUACCUCCUUUCUGAGACAAUGGGCUGCUUUUGUGGGUGCCUGAUGUCCUCUGCCAGCAUUCAGAAGUUGUUUUGUGGAAUUUACCCGGCAUUUAAAUGUUCUUUUGAUGAAUUUGUGGGGGAGAAAGUGGUCUCCCCGUCCUAUUCCUCCGCCAUCUUAGCUCCUCCUCAGAUUGACUGCUAUGUUUGAACACCAAGGUAAACUACUACAUAUCUGGGAGGGUCAGAGAUGUCAUUCAUAUUCCAUCCACCCUGGUCAGCUGUCUGGCUGCCCUGUGAGAUAACUUACAUCCAUGCACCUAAGGCUUUCUGUGACCUUUAAGCUCUGCUCAUUCCCUUGAGCAUUACUGAGCUUUCUGUGGACUGAACUGAAUGACUCAGAAUCCCACCAGAAUAUAUCCUGACUGAAUGGAGGAUGUGACUGCUUACCAGCUAUGGGUACUGCCCAGGAAACAGUUUGACUAAUGUGGAACCUGUAACUGUGAACGGGGCUGGAGUCUUUCAAUUCCAAUGAGAAACAGUGAUUAAGAGGUAAACCCUCACUAUUGAAAGAGCUGUUAGAACUUUACUAGUGAUCAUUCAUCAGGGAUCUUUUUUCUUUUCCAGAAGCCCUUCCAAGACACACUGUGAGGAGGGAGUUCAGAGUAGGAUUCAUUCAAGGCAUAAAGCAGCAUGACUCUUUAUCUCAGGGACCUGCAUGAGCCUCCAGUGUGCUGAGUGGAGUGGUUGAGUCAAAGCUCUUACUUCUUGCCUCUUUAUCAACGAUUCCCUCCAACCUGGCUUUGUUGUGCUCUUGACCAACACUGAUGUAGAUCUCAGAGAAGCUGAACUGUAAUUGAAAAUGUUUCUAAUGUGUGGAAGAAAUGAAAAUUGCUUUGUGUCUCCUA